AUGGGAGUGCGAUCUUUGCUCAACCCAGUGUUGGGCCCGGAGCGUCGGCAGCCGGACCGCGUUCCGACGGACACGGUAUUCCAGCUGUCGGCGAUGGAUAGCUCGUGGAUGAUGCGUAUGAUGAUCAUGAGCUGGUCGAUGUGUUUUCACGAUGUCCUUGACGCUGAUAAGCUUCACGAUUCGCUUACCGAGCUUUUGAACAUCGGACAUUGGAAGAAACUUGGUGGUCGGCCUCGGUUGACGAAGGAUGGCAAAAUUGAGCUUCACAUUCCGGACGUUUUCACUCCAUCUCGCCCAGCAGUUCACUUCACUACCGAGCCAAACCCCGCAAGCGUGAAGCUUCACCCACUCUCUUCUACUAUCCCCUCGUAUUUCUCCCAGACAACAGAAAGGCCGAGGAUCAUCGACACUCCAGAGAACUUGCAUUCCAUUCUUGCUGGGCCAGAAGCAGCCAAAUCAUUCGACGACUAUAACUUCACAGACCGGCCUGCCUUAUCACUCCACGUCAUCACAUUCACUGAUGCAACGUUUGUGACAAUCACCUAUCCUCACAGCGUCACGGACGGCAUGGGCCGACGCGAACUUGUCGAAAAUUGGUGUCGCAUCUUGGCCGGUCCAUCUCCUCCGCGUUAUGAUGAGCCAUUUACAUGGGAGCAUAAGCGUCUUCAAGGCUGGGGGGUGGUCCGGUUCACCUUUGGUAUUCUGUGGUAUUUGAUCAGGAAUCGUAUCCGCCAGAGGAAUCUCUUUAUCCCAGCUGCUUAUUUGGCAAAGCUGCGUAAGCGUGCCGAAGAGGAUCUUGAGAAGGACGGACAGGCAACGGAGCGUUUGAGUGAUGGGGAUAUCCUGACAGCAUGGCUGUCGCGUCUCGCAUGCUCCCACAUAAGCGAAAAGGAUACCUCGAAGCCCAUAUCUAUUUCUACAGCCCUGGACCUCCGAGGCCGUCUUCAUGAAAACGAUAUGCCCCCAAACUUCGCUUACGUCUCGAAUGUUGUUGCUUACAACUGGACCAAUACGAACGCCCUUGAGCUCCUUCGCGGAACAUUCGGCAGGGCUGUGGCACUAGUUCGGAACUCAGUGAGGUCGCAGCUCACAGAUGCGCAGGUUUACGCCUCGACUCGGCUCACUUACAACGCCGUUGCAGAGAGUGGCAGCACGAAGCAGUUUACUGAGCCAAACGGCUUUGUGGUCUCCGUGUCUAAUGUGUCCAAGGCGAGAUUCCAUGAAGUCAUUGACUUCAGUCCAGCUAUCAAAGACGGUGGCAGUCAUGAGAUUCGGACAACGCCGAGAGGCAAGAUCGUGUGGCAGUGCAACACUCCGAAGAUGAAGAUGCACCCACCGUGUCUGAUCUAUAUACAGGGCAAGGACCAUGGUGGCAACUAUCUCGCACAGAUGUUGGUGUCUGAGAAGACCUGGCGCCUGAUCGAGAAGGAAAUAGAAUCCUCAGUCUGA